AUGGAAAUAUGGCAGCUGACACGCCGCAGUGCCGAAUGGCCACAAUUAUCUACGGAGCGUUUGGGAUUCCAUUGUUUUUUGCUUUUCGUUAAAGAAGAAGGAAACCUGUUUCGCAAUGUGUUCAUCUUUAUUUAUAAUCGUAUCAGCAAAUGGAGGCGAAAACACUGUGGUUGUAACUUCAACUUCGGAUCGAGGAAUGGAGCGGAAGAUCCCGAAGGGACUCCAAACGCAGAACAAAAUGGUGAGCAUCUUGUCAUCAGAAAGUUAUGCAUCAAAAGUGCAACAAACAAUGUGAUACAUCAUGAUUUACUUAACGACGAGAUACAAGCGAAGAAAACACGAUUCGCAAGGAAAUACAGUACCACAUCACUUUUAGGGCAAAAGUCACUGUUAGAUGAACAACGCCGUGUUUUUAUCGCUGGCGUUCUAUUCUUCGUUCUUUACAUACUACUCUCAUCAUUAAUGUUCUCAAUAACAACAGAAUUCGACUACUUUACCUCCGUUUAUUUUCUCUUCAACAGUGUUGCCCUUAUUGGAUUUGGCGAUGUGUUCCCGAAAGAACCACGAACGAUACUUGUGAAUGCAGUGUUCAUUGUUUUUGGUAUGUUUUCCGGGUUUUUUCCCCUUAUGAAGACCCUAUUCAAUAGAAAUUCAAUAAGUGAAAUAUCUGAAAAACGGGAGGCGAUUUCGCGAGUACACCUUGCCUCAGAGGGAUGUGAGAGUUUCCUAGACUCAUAUGAUCCAGAUAUGAUUGUCGCUGCGGAGGGUGUAGUGAUAGGAGACAGACUUCAGCAUCGCCAGACGCCGCACAAGCUGCAAAUACCGUACACUUGUCACUGGAGUAAGUCGAGGCGUGCCAACAGCGCUGGAUUUUGGCGCUGUAAGCGCUCUAACGCUUUUUGCACCAAUCACUGCAAUCUCGAGGUUCAACGGUGGUAG